AUGUCGAUCUCCCUAAGCCAGCGGACUUUGUCCUUGCCACCGUUCCAACUGCUACCUGUAGGCAGCAGAGACAGCAGGCUGAGCAGAUCUGCUUCUACAACAGUCAGCUCUGAUUCAGGCACGCCUAAAUCACCCCAAAGGAAUUCUCCCUCCCUCCAUCCGCUCAUGCCAGCGACUGAAACGUCAUGUAGUCGGGACCUAGAAAACAGAACUGGAUACAAAACCUUCAAGUUGGUGUCCUGCAGCCAGUUGGAAUGCCAAAACGAUGAAGAAAAAUCGUUACUGAUAGUGCUCCAGCAACUAGACAUGAACACAUCCUCGGGGAGUUUUUUUGAAAUAGAUAAAAUAUCCACCCACCAUGAUGAUUUGGAGAUUCUCUUAUUUAGAACACCUGCCGCAUUUGAAACUUUAAGAUUUAUAUCACCAUAUCGUGCUUUCAAAAUAGAGUACCAUAACGCAUCCGAUCCUUCCAAAACACUUCAUCUCCGUUUAUGA